UCAUCACCCUAUCCGCACUGCGCGCCUCUGUCUGUUGUCCAUCCGUGCACACGUGUGCACACGCCCCCAAACAGCCACACCCUCCCGCACCGUCUCCAGUCACCGCCCCUCUCGUGACCACAGCGGUCUCCGCCCCUCGCCUGACGUCAAAGUCACCGCCUCUCUCACAACUCCGGCAGUCACCGCCCCUCGCUCUACGUCAGACGGCGCGAACUGCAAAGGUGAAAGUUACUACAGCCGCCCGGACACCGCUCACAUACCGGGGACCUACCGGAGACCGGGGGAUAAUCUUUCUCUAUAAUUCUGCAAUGAUGGCAAAACGGCGUCUGUCUAAGUCAGAAGAUCGUGAGGAGCUCGGUAGCACCACCAAAACUAAGAAGCGACGUAUAAGUAAUAAGAAGCUGAAGCCUCAGGAUGACGUGGUGAAGAAUGACGGUGUCUUUGCGCAGCUGCUGAUCUCCUCCGGAGUGACGCUGAAGUCUGGCGAGCAGCAGAAUGAGAUUGCUGUGGAUCAAACGGUUUUCCAGAAGACACUUCAGCAAGCCCUGAGGAAGCAUCCCGGAUAUCCAGAUGUGGUGAUCCCAGAGUUCAUCAGUGGACUUGAAUCUCACAUUGAGGACCGUGAGCGAUUUAGGAAUUGCCUUCUUCCGUGUGGGCGCUCUAAUCCGGAGGAGGACGCAAGCGUUACAGUUGUGGGGUCAUUUCAUGACAGCCUGAUAAAGCUUCUCCUGGGCAUUGAGAUGUUGCAGGAGUCUGUUAUAAACCUGCUGUUUGAGAAGCUGCCGGAGUUCCUGUAUGACAGUUUUGGGAGCGAUGGCAUCAGUAUUCCUCGUCUGAUCAUCAACCAGCUGAAGUGGCUGGACCUUGUGGUUAGCGGGAAGGAGCUGACCACUAAGAUAAUGCAGCUCGUUACUGUGGCUCCGGCUGACGUCCAGCAACAUAUUAUCAGCAGUCUUCCUGAAAUCCUGGAGGACACGGAGCACAAUGAUGUCGCCAAGGAGCUGAGCUCCCUGCUGCAGCAGAACACACAGCUCACCAUGCCCAUCCUAGAUGCCUUCUCCAGCUUGAACCUGAGCCCGGAGCUGCUCUCGGAGGUGCGGGACUGGGUCAUGUCCAGCCUCUCUGCCGUGGACCUGGAAGUUGUCCCUGUCAUAGUAAAGUUCAUCCUGCACACAGUGACGGCCGCAGAUGCCCUGGAGGUGAUUUCCGAGCUACGGAGGAAGCUGGAUGUGGAGUCGUGCGUCUCCCCUUCCCAGAUACAAGCCACUCAGAGCAAGAUGGCGAAUAAAGCCAAGGCUGGUUCUGCAGCCAUUCCGGCAAAGAGCAGCCAUGACUGUGUCACCCUCCUGAUGGAAGUGAUCAAGUCAGCGGUCUGGUUCCAGAAACACGUGUGUGAGGCUUGGAUCAGGGCUAUAGAAAGUGUGGAAUCGUCAGAGGAUUACAAGGUGACAGACUUUCUAGUGCUGCUAAUUCUUUACACAACAAACAGCAACAGCAAGAAGCAGGUGGAACGUGUGCUGAGGACCAAGAUCCGCACAGGCUGCAUCACAAACCAGUUACUGCAGAACACCUUCAGGAGUCACACACAGGUCUUAAUGUUUUACUUUCCAUCUAUCCUGUCCCUGGCGCAGACUCUCCUGAGAUCAGCUGAGCCCAGUGUGGUCUCGUUUGGCAGCCAUAUGUAUAAGCAGGCCUUCACCGCAUUUGAUCGUUACUGCCAGCAGGAGCUGAUAGGCGCGCUGGUGACUCACGUCUGCAGUGGUUAUGCUGACGAGGUGGACACGGCACUUGAUGUUAUAAUGGAUUUAGUGGCCAGUCACACUGCUGCCGUGGCGCUGUACGCAGUCUUCAUAAAGGGUAUAUUAGACUAUCUGGACAAUCUCAAUGCCCAACAGAUCCGCAAACUCUUUCAGAUUCUCUGCACGCUGGCAUUUAGCCAGGAAGGUAUUCACAUCCAGGAUGAGAUGCACAUUGUAAUCAGGAAACAGCUCUCCAGCACCGUCCUGAAGUACAAGCGUAUCGGAGUCAUUGGGGCUGUGAGGAUGGUGGGAAGCAUGGCCGUGCGCGACAGGGGAAACGUAGAUACCAGGAAAUCAGAGAAGCAAGCCCUGGGUGCAAACAUCUUCCGCCAGGUCACGUCUCUCCUGGAACUGGCAUGCACCUGUUGCGAGCAGUCAUCCGAGUCCGCAGCGUUUUAUUAUGAUGAGCUGGCGGAUCUAGUACAGAAGAGAAACCUGGACCCCCAAGUUAUGGAAUACGUGAGAAAGGGCGUGGUGGACGAUUUUCAGGAAGACUAUGUGGUGGACCUGGAGCAGCCAGUGGAAGGAAACCACGUGUUCCCGGUGAAAGCCAUGUACAAUCUGGAAGAGGAUGAGAGCCAGGGUGCCGUAGUCAUCAAUCUCCUCCCCCUUCUGUCACAUGACAUCAUUAAUAAAGGCUGCCGCACCGACAAUCAAGGAAGCCUCGUGUCCUCUCUCUGCUUGUCCCCGUUUUUCCGGUUACUGCGGCUUUGCAUCGAGGACGAGUUUGACGGCAACUUGGAUGAGAUUGACGCAUUGUUAGGCUGCCCGUUGUAUCUCACAGACCUGGAUGUGAUAGAGAAAGUGGAGUCUCUGUCCAAACAAGAGCGGGAGUUCCUCUGCUCUCUCCUCUUCCUCGCCCUGAACUGGUUCAGAGAGGUCAUCAAUGCGUUCUGUAAGCAGACCAGCGCUGACAUGAAGGGGAAAGUCCUGACUCGGCUGCAGAACGUUACCUGGCUGCAGUCCGUUCUGGAGAAGAGUCUGGCAGCCUCUCCAGGUUAUAUUCCCCCAUCUGCUAACUUUGACUGUGAGCCGCUGGAAGGUGCACCAAGUGCUGCACCUGCUGUCACUGCAAGAAAGAGCAAGAAAGGCAAGAAGAGAACGUUGGCAGAUAGUAAAAACGCCUCUGCGGAAAGUUUGCAGAUUGAGGAGCAGCUGGACUCCGUCCCACAGGAGACACAGAAGAGCCAGCCAGAGAAGGAGAAGGAGGAGAGCACCAGGGCCUCUGUCAGCCUGAGCAGCUAUCGUCCAUACUUCCGGGAGCUGGAUCUUGAGGUGUUCACGGUUCUUCACAGCGGUCUUCUUACACGCUCCCUUCUAGACUCUAACAUGUGUACAAAGGUGACGGACGUGGUACAGCUGGGCCCGGCAGAGCUGGUUUUCCUCCUGGAUGAUUUGUCUCACAAAAUGGAGCACAUUCUGGCAGAAACAAAGAGAGCCCCGUUAUUGAAGGGUAAGGGAUCAAGAAACACUGAGUUCUCACAUCUGCGCCAGAGGUCUCCGCAAGAAGUGGUGCAAGUCGUCAUUCAGCUCCUAAACCCCCUGUGCAACCACGUGGAAAACAUGCACAACUACUUCCAGACCCUUGUGACGGAGAAUCAUGGCGUGGUGGAUGCGCCGGGAGUGGACGUGCAGGAAUAUCAGUACAUGUCCUCCUCUUACCAGUUGCUGCUGCAGGUCUUCCACAUACUGUUUGCCUGGAAUGGCUUUUCGCAGCAUCACAACAGACAAUUGUUGCAGUCAGCGCUUGGUAUCCUGGCCGGCAGAUUGAAGGAGACAGACGCAGAGCUGGCACUGGACGAGCUGGUCGGCCACAGCUUCAGUUACCUGCAGAACCUCAGCAGCAGCGUCCCGUUGUUCUCCUCUGCCCUGUGCCUGACUCAGCUGCUGAUCACACUGGCGGAGAAGGCCGAUGCCGCACCGUACCGCAGCAAGAUCGCUCUGAUUGUGAGGCAGUUCCUGUGUCAGUCGUGGGUGCACCCUAGUGGUGAGCGUGAGAAGGGCAUCCGGUUUAAUGAGACCCUGCAAAGCCUUCUGUGUAUUUACCUGCAGUACACCGAUGUUCCUAAGGCUGUGGAGGAGAUCUGUGGACUGGGAGUGUCGGAGCUGAUGAAUGCGGCUAAGGAUGGAAGUUCCACCACCUAUCCUACACUUACUAGACAAAGCUUUGCCGUGUUCUUCCGCGUCCUGAUGGAUAAGUUGGAGAAGUGUGUGAGAAGUAUCCCAGUUGGGAAGAAGUCUGAUAGUCUCCAGGUACAGACCGAGCAGCUUCUGCGCUGGAGUUUGACGGUCAGGAGUUUCCACAUUCUCCUUAACUUGAUUAAGGUGUUUGACAGUAGACCGAUGUUGAGCGUUUGCCUCAAGUAUGGCCGGCAGUUUGUGGAGACGUUCCUGAAACUUGGCAUGCCCCUUCUGGACUGCUGCUUUAAGAAACACCGGGAAGAUGUACAGAACUUACUGAAAAUAUUACAGCUCUGCACCCGGCAACUUCACCACGUAUGUGGUCACUCCAAAACACACCAGGAUACCGGACUGACAACACAUGUACCCCUGCUGAAGAAGACCCUAGAGCUGUUUGUCUACAGAGUGAAAGCCAUGCUGGUUCUCAACAACUGUCAGGAAGCGUUUUGGCUAGGGAACCUGAAGAACAGAGACUUGCAGGGGGAGGAAAUCUUAUCACAGAGCUCGCAGGGAAGCGAGACGGAGGAGGAGCAGGAGUCGCAGCUCCCCGCAGAGGAACAGGACGCAGCACAGGAGGAAGAGAGCGAGGGAAGUGACCAGGAGGCAGAACACGAGGAGCAGGAGGAAGACUCCGAUUAGCCAUCACACCCCUAAGGACUGUAUAUAACAGAGUAUGUCUUUUAUCUGUACGCCAUCAUAAAGCCACGUAUUGCUCCAGUCCCUAGAACGUGGCACAUCAGAACCAGCACCCGUCGCAGUCCUUUCCACAGUUCUGAUCUUCCCUGCAACGGCCAAGUUCUGUGUUAUGUAUCAUAUGUCACAUCUGGAGAUAAAAUGCAAUCUCGCUUCCAAUCGUUUCCAUUUCCAGCAGCUUCUCGUCUGCCUGCCCAGAGUUCAGGGGUUUAUACGUCAUUACAUUAUAUAGUAUAUCUAUUGUGUAUGUAUAAAGCAUUUGGGGACCCCCCAGUGAUCACAUCCCUGCAACACUCUAUAGUUUAUACGUCAUUACGUUAUAUAGUAUAUCUAUUGUGUAUGUAUAAAGCAUCUGGGGACCCCGCAGGGAUCACAUCCCUGCAACACUCUAUAGUUUAUACGUCAUUACAUUAUAUAGUAUAUCUAUUGUGUAUGUAUAAAGCAUCUGGGGACCCCGCAGGGAUCACAUCCCUGCAACACUCUAUAGUUUAUACGUCAUUACAUUAUAUAGUAUAUCUAUUGUGUAUGUAUAAAGCAUCUGGGGACCCCCCAGUGAUCACAUCCCUGCAACACUCUAUAGUUUAUACGUCAUUACGUUAUAUAGUAUAUCUAUUGUGUAUGUAUAAAGCAUCUGGGGACCCCCAGUGAUCACAUCCCUGCAACACUCUAUAUUAUACGUCAUUAUGUUAUAUAGUAUAUCUAUUGUGUAUGUAUAAAGCAUCUGGGGACCCCCCAGUGAUCACAUCCCUGCAACACACUAUAGUUUAUACGUCAUUACGUUAUAUAGUAUAUCUAUUGUGUAUGUAUAAAGCAUCUGGGGACCCCGCAGGGAUCACAUCCCUGCAACACUCUAUAGUUUAUACGUCAUUACGUUAUAUAGUAUAUCUAUUGUGUAUGUAUAAAGCAUCUGGGGACCCCCAGUGAUCGCAUCCCUGCAACACUAUAGUUUAUACAUCAUUACGUUAUAUAGUAUAUCUAUUGUGUAUGUAUAAAGCAUCUGGGGACCCCCAGUGAUCGCAUCCCUGCAACACUAUAGUUUAUACAUCAUUACGUUAUAUAGUGUAUCUAUUGUGUAUGUAUAAAGCAUCUGGGGACCCCCCAGUGAUCACAUCCCUGCAACACUCUAUAGUUUACACGGCUAUUGUCUCUUGGUAAAUGGCUGGUGACACAUGAAUAAGGUCCGGUAUUACAUGUGACUGUGAUAGGAUGGAAGCCAGGGUGACAACAGCCAUAUAUAAGAGUACACUGUAUAUAACCGUUUCUAUACUUGCUCAGAUGGAGAAUGUAAAAUAGAAUCCUGUAUCUCUUGUUAUAGGAGUAUGGAAGCUGAUGAAGUGAGCAGUACAAAGGAACAUUUCUUGCAUGUUACAGCUACAUUUCAUAUAGAACAACCUAUGUAAUAAACCAGUCUGUGUUGUAAUGUU